AAGAACCCUGAUUUCAUAUUCCCUUUCCCUAAAAUUUGUGCGUAACAUUCUCUCUCCUACACAACAACUGUUUCGGCUGGGCUCGAGCCCAAUUACCCGUUAUUGUGUUCUUCAUGUUCGUUCUCUGUCUCAACGACAAUUCGAUCUCCUGUUCAAUCACCUGGUCAAUGCAGAUACAUUCCAAGUAUCUUAUUUCCCGUACUUGUUUAUGGUUUAAUGGCUUGUCCUCAAUAGACCCCUUACUGUAUUAGUUGCUAAGAGAAAAUAUGGUGGAAGAUACUCUAUAGAUGUGUUGGUUCAGUUAACAUUGACUUAUGGCGGGAAACACUAGAUUUGAUUUAAGUGCUGCCAGUCCAGAGGAUAAUAUGUCACGGGGAAAUUCUAAAUCUACCGGGAAUUUGGCUCCAGUAGCUCAGAGUUUACUGUUGGAUCCAAUAACCAUGGGAGAUAAAAAAUAUACUAGGUCAGGUGAGUUAAGGCGGGUCUUGGGGAUAUCUUUCGGAAAACCCCUUGAAGAUUGUGCUCUUGGAACUGCUAACCUGAAGUCUACCCCUCCGGUGGUUACAGAGGAACUGAAACAGUUCAAAGCAAGUAUUCAAGAGGCUUCUGUCAGGGCUAGAUAUAGAUCAAAAAGGUUGGAUGAAUCUUUACACAAAUUGAACAAGUGUUGGGAGGCUGUGAACUCAGAGAAGCAACCUCGGAAUAUGUUGUUGCCAAAUGAAAAGCUAAGUGGGUCACACUUCUCGAAGAUGGGAAGUCAGACUCGGCGGAGCCCAUCGGAGCUUUUAAAUCAAAGACUAGAGGACAAGCCUAAGAAUGUCAUUCUGAAUAAGCGCAUCCGUACAUCAGUUGAUGAGAAUCGGGCUGACGGACAAAGUAUUAGCUCUGUGAGGAAGCCUAUGGCCCUUGGAAAGGAUAGAGACAACAUCAAGAAUGGUGGCAAAGGUUGUAAUAUUGUCGAAGAGAAGAUUCGAAGAUUGCCUGGAGGUGGAGAAACGUGGGACAGAAAAAUGAAAAGAAAACGUUCCAUGGGCACUGUUUUUUCCAGAUCUAUUGAUGGUGAAGGCGAGCUGAAAAGGGUUAAGCAGCUAAAGCUAUCUAAUGAGCCUACUCUGCAGUCUUCGGAUGCCCGAGGUUUUAGAUCAGGAUUUUCUAGAAGUAAUAGCAAGCUUGAUGUUGCUUCCCUGCCUGCUAGUUCCAAUGCAUGUACGGCUGCCAAGAACGAGCAAGAAAAGGUGUCAAGGGAUUCAAUAGAUGGAUCAAAUAAGGAACGGACUGUACUUAAAGGAAACAAGUUUAAUGUUCGUGACAACAAUUACUCAGGUGGUAUUUAUACAUUGUCAAAAGGCAAAGCUUCAAGGCCACCGCGAACUGGUCCUUUGAUGGCUGGAAACUCAACUUCUGUAACUCGUUCAUCUCAAACACUUGAAGCCCGGGAACAACCUUCAAAUGUGAACAAGCCUCAUUCAGUAAGCGGGACUAUCAACCGUAAGCGUUCUUUGCCUACUGGAUCAUCAUCCCAUAUGGAUAUGGCCCAAUGGGUUGGGCAGAGACCUCAAAAAAUUUCCCGAACUCGAAGAGCAAAUGUGGUAUCCCCUGUCUUGAGUUGUGAUGAAGUGCAUACCUUAUUAGAAGGUUGUUCUCCUUCUGAUGUUGGUACUAGAAUGACUUCUCUGACAACUAGUGGAGCGCUUAUUUCCAAGGUUGCUGUCAACAGCAUUCAACAAGGUAGAGUGAAACAUGAAAAUGUUUCAUCGCCAUCCAGAUUAUCUGAAAGUGAAGAAUCUGGUGAAAGUAAAUCAAAGGUGAAAGGAUUGGAAAGUAAUGAAGCUGAUGAAAGAGCCAUAAAUAAUUCUUAUAAUAUAAGUUCCUCAGUGUUAGCAACGAAAAAGAAAGAUGGUCUCCGUAGACAGGGAAGGGUUAGUAAGGGUUCUUCAGUUUUGAAGAUUGGCAUCUCAACAAUGAAAGAGAAGGUUGAGAUUUGUACCUUGACAAAGCCAAUUAGAAAUAUGAAGCCUGCUUCUAUAAAGAAUGGAAGUAAAUCAGGGCGUCCUCCUUUGAAGAAAUCAUCUGAUAGGAAGGCAAUCACUCGUCUUGGGAAUCCAUUGACUACUGAUUCCCCAGAUAUUGCAGGGGAGUCAGAUGAUAACCGUGAGGAACUGUUAGCUGCUGCUAACUUUGCUAGCAAUGCCAGCUAUAUUGGCUGUUCUAGUUUAUUUUGGAAGAAACUGGAACCGUAUUUUGCUCCUGUCAACUUGGAGGGCAUAGCCUGCUCGAAGCAGCUGGUUAAAUCAACAGAGGUUGAUCAUAGAUGUUUGUCUCAAAUGCUUGGCCUUGGAAGUGAUGCCCUGGAUGGACCUGCGCAUGCGGUCAACCUUCUGUCACAAAGUCCUCCCUCUAGAGAAAGAGGUCGAAGCAUUUUGAAUCAGACUGAUUCAAAAGAGAUAUCCUCGGUGGUUGACAGGCAAAUGGAUUCAGAAGGAAAUAAAGUUGCACCAUUGUACCAAAGAGUAUUGACAGCUCUGAUCAUUGAUGAUCAAACUGAUGAAGAAACUGUGGGAGAUGGAAAUAUGUCUUUUCUGUGUGAAAGAGAUGAUUCACCUCGGGUGGCUUGCUUCUCUCAGGAUGUCGAGAACCAAUCAAGUAUCAGGACUGAAUAUGGAUUCAACUCUGACAAUAUUUCUUGUCAUGGGAAUGGUACCUUUACUAGUGGCACAAACAUCCAUGAUCAUGAACUUGAUGGUUUUUUGCAAGUGGAUCAGGGAGCAUUGCAUCCAGAAACUAACAGGUUGCCUUUGUUAUCUGAAAAUGAUGGUGGUGGGUUAAUGGGUAUGCAUAGAAUUUCUUGUUCAUCAUCUGUCAAUAGCCAUUUUGAGCAAAUGAGUAUGGAGGAUAAACUCUUACUGGAGCUGCAAAGUGUUGGCCUAUAUCCAGAACCUGUGCCUGAUCUCGCUGAUGGAGAUUGUGAAGCUAUUGAUCAAGAUAUUAUUCAAUUACAGAAGGGACUCUUCCAACAGGUCAAUAAAAAGAGAGAGUACUUUAUGAAGCUUACUCAAAGAGUAGAAGAAGGAAGGGAAAUGGAACAACAAGCCCUCGAGCAAGUUGCUAUGGAUAAACUUGUUGAGUUGGCUUAUAAGAAGAAGCUGGCCACCCGUGGAAGUACUGCUGCAAGAAAUGGACUUUCUAAGGUUUCAAGGCCAGUUGCUUUGGCUUUUAUGAAGAGGACUCUUGCUAGAUGCAGGAAAUUUGAGGAAACCGGAGAAAGUUGCUUUUUGGAGCCUGUCUUUAAAGAUGUCCUAUUGGCUGUUCCCAGUCAUGACAAUUAUGCUGGCUCGGUUGCUGCUGUAAAUAUACCGCUUACUCUAAAUUCUCAGCAAGAAUCUGCAGCAUCAGGUUUAUUUCCUUGCAAGGAGCAGGAUGUGUUGGGAAAUCUGGAUCAUCCCUCCGACCAGGAUUUUCCCAGGACUGGACCAAUAUUAAACAGAGGGAAGAAAAAGGAACUGCUACUUGAUGAUGUUGGUGCUAGUGCUUCUUUGAGAUCUGCAUCAAUUCAAGCUAAUUGUUUCAUGGGUGGAGCAAAGAGAAAGAGGAGUGAGCGUAAAACAAAAGCAAAACCCAAACAGAAGGCAGCUCAAGUAUCUACUUCUGGAAAUGGAUCUCUUAGCAAGUUGAUGGAAAAUACGAACUCUGAGCAUCAAUUGGCUUGUGGUGGCUCUAAUGAAUUGAUUUCCAUAGAACUUGGUGUAGCUAAUGAAUUCAAUGGGAAUCAAGACCUGGACUUUUGGUCGAACAUUGAAGAGGAUGAUACGGUGGGCCUAGCCAUACCAAUGGAUGAUCUGUGUGAGUUGAACAUAGGUCUAUGA